GCCGCGUGGACAUGGAGGGGCUCGUGCGCCCCAAAAGCUGGCACUUGGGGCUAGCCGUCAUUUACAUGCUGGCUUUGGGCGGCUGGGAGCAGGACGGCUUUCCUACUGCUGUUGCCGCGAAGAACUGUAUCUGCAACAGCAAAAACCAGUGCUUUUGUGAUGGAAUUAAAGGCAGUAAGGGAGAAAAGGGCUUGCCUGGUUACCCUGGUCUACCUGGCCAGAUGGGUUUCCAUGGCCCAGAAGGUCCUCCUGGACCACAAGGACCUAAGGGUUUUUCAGGGCCAGUAGGUCCUGCUGGAGUUAAAGGUUCAAGGGGUAAGCCAGGAAUUCCUGGUUACUCUGGUCCUCCAGGUCUUCCAGGUGAACCUGGAAAUGCUGGUCCUCAUGGAGCUCCAGGUAUACCAGGAUGCAAUGGGACAAAGGGUGAGCCAGGUCUUCCAGGACUCUUAGGACAGGGGGGAUUUCCAGGAUUACCAGGUUCUAAAGGCAUCAAAGGAGAAAAGGGAGCUUCUGUAAAUGGAUUCAAUCAAAGUUACAGUUCUUCUAAAGGUAAUCCUGGAUUGCCAGGAGUGCCUGGGUUUCAGGGUAAGCCAGGACUUCAAGGAUUACCUGGGACAAUUGGACCACAAGGCUCUUCAGGUUUUCCAGGCACAGUAGGAAGAGCAGGACCUCAAGGGCCCAAGGGUAUCAUGGGUAUUAAUGUUAUUGGAUCCAAAGGAAUAAAGGGUGAUUGUGGACUAAUAGGUCCUCCUGGACCAUCUGGAACAGUUAUUAUAACAUUAACUGGAGCAGAAAAUACAACGGGAUUAAAAGGAGAUAAAGGAGACCAAGGUUCUCCAGGACAUCCAGGACCCUCGGGAGAACCAGGUUUAUAUGGUGAUUCCUAUACUAUUAAAGGAGAGCCUGGAAACCCUGGCCAUCAGGGCAGGCCAGGAAGGGAUGGUGGUCCUGGUUCACCUGGUUUGUGGGGAGAAAAGGGUGAAAAGGGUUUGCCAGGAUUGCCUGGAAGAUUUGGAACUAAGGUAAGAAAAAAAAAGAGAGAGAGAGAGAUUUUUUUCCUGAUCAAGACUAUUUAA